AGAAGGUGUUCUAUUUAAGUCAAGCACCAAUAUUGGACGCCAGUUCCAGGCACAGCGCUAAGCCAGCUGCGACAACAAGAAAGCAGAUAACAGCAGAGACAAUCAGGGAACACAGGCCAAGUCCUUCAACAAGCAAAGAAGGGUCCACUAUCUGGAACUCAACCAUGUGGAAACUACUGCUACUCACACUAAUCAGUGUUGUGAACGCUAAAAACACCUUUCUUAUCCUUGCCCCUAAGACCAUCAGCCCCUCUACAACCCUGCGUCUGGGGGUCAACUCCCUAAACGCCAGUCAGGACCUGACUGUAACAGCACGUGUACAGACACAGGAGUGGAGCAACUACCCCUAUGAGCACUAUGAACGUAUCUACGUCGACCAUGCCAACACCUCGGACACCGUUAUUGGAGGAGACGCAGGCGUCGUGGAAUUGACGAUCCCCCAGGACCUGAAGUCAGACAACUACAUCCUAAAGGUCCAGGUAGAGACGAGCUCUGGAGAGGAACACAUCAACAUGUACAACCUGCAGUACUACAGCAAAUAUCUGUCAACAUUCAUCCAGACAGACAAGGCCAUAUACAAACCUGGUUCUCUGGUAAACUUCCGUGCAUUUGCCGUGUACUCUGACCUUCUUACCUAUACUGGAAACAUGACAAUCGAGAUGUUUGACCCCAGCAACAACAAGCUGAUGCUGAAGAAGGAUGUUAUUGACCCGACUGGUGUCAUCUCUAUGUCCUUCAAACUCAGUGCAAUGCCCAUUCUCGGACAUUGGAAGAUCAGGGUCACCAUACCAAAUGGACCAACAGAAGAAAAAACGUUUGAGGUGUCAAACUACAAACUGCCAAGAUUCGAGGUAACUGUCGAUGUUCCCAGUUUUGCCUUGGUAACAGAUCGAGACAUCAAGGGCAAAGUCAGUGCCAAGUAUACGUUCGGCGAGGGAGUGAAAGGUGUUGCAGAAAUUCAUGCUAAAAUUGUUGGAUCUUAUUCUGGAUCUUGUUCAUCUGAGCAACCAACCAUCCUCAUGUCCUUCCCGCUUGAUGGGGAAAGUAAGUUCACGAUCCCAAUGGUGGAGGUUCAGCACCUCAACUCCUACCUCAAUGGUAAGCAGCUGGAGAUCCAGGCCUUCGUGACGGAGACUCUGACGGGCAAGAAACUAAACGGUUCAUCCAUCGUCACCUUCUACACCAAUGCCAUCAAGAUGACCUACCUUGACUACAGUGCGCGUGAUUUCAAGCCUGGCCUCAUCUACAGCGGCACGAUGAAAAUCUCCCUGCAAGACGAUUUGCCACUGCCUACACCCAGGAAGAAUGUGACCAUCUACCCAUGUGUAACGUACCGUAUCAGAGUCCCAAACCAGGACAAGUAUCAUAGCUGCGACUCGAACUUCCAGGGAACCUAUGGUAUUACCGAACAGACAUUCCCAGUUCCAGCCGAUGGGCUUGUGGACGUCAAACUUAUGAUACCAGAGGAUGCUGUCUCCGUCACUAUCACGGCCUUCUAUGGAGAAACAUCGAUUUCAUGGACGAUAAAGAAAGCCUACUCUCCGUCAGAUUCAUUCCUACAGCUUUACCUCCACGACACCAAUGUCACAGCCGGAGAAAAUGCCAAUAUCUUUAUCAAUUCCACCCAGCCGCUCGAUACAGUCUGGUAUGAGGUUAUCUCCCGUGGGUCCUUUGUUGCUGCCGGACAUCUAGACGGUGGUAUGAAGAGGAGCCUCAACUUCACUCUUCCUGUCACACCCAAGAUGGCGCCUCAUGCUCGCGUUCUUGUCUACUCGAUCCUUGAUGAUGGCGAGGUUAUUGCAGACAGCACAAAUUUUGAAGUGAAAGGUCUUUUUACCAACAAGGUGGCACUUGAAUUCAGCAAGAACGAAUCUCAGCCCCAUGAAAACAUUGAUGUCAAGGUUUCAGCUGACCCACAAUCAUUGGUUAGCUUGCUCGUUGUUGACCAAUCUGUGACUCUCCUGGCCAGUGGAAAUGACAUCACAAGUGAUAUGGUGGAGACUGAACUGAAGUACUAUGACAACCGCGGAGUAAGCAACAACUAUGAGGGGGAGACAGACGCCAGUCAGGUGUUCAAGGAUGCCAGUGUCGAAAUCUACACUGAUGCAACCGUCCCAAACAAUCCUAGUGGCAUUGACUAUGGCCAUGGGUCAGUGUCCACUCCUGGCUACCAUGCUAUUGGCUUCACACCUUUGCCUGGAGCAACACCUUACGCUGGACCAACACCUUAUCCGAUUGGCGGCAUAGCUCACUUUGCGCCAACAGCUCAGCCAGCGGUUGCUUUUCCUAAUAAAAACCCUACCGCUCAGCCACUGAAGGAGGUUGGGCGAGUCAGGAGCUUCUUUCCCGAGACAUGGUUAUGGACCAACACUACCAUUGGUUCCAAUGGCAUUGCAAGCAUAUCUGCAACUGUUCCUGACACCAUAACGUCAUGGUUGGCAACAGCAUUCGCAGUUAACCCAGUGUCCGGGCUAGGAGUUACAGGAUCAGCUUCUAAGAUGAAGGUUUUCCGUCCAUUUUUUGUGAGUGUUGAUGUCCCAAUGUCUGUCAUCCGGGGUGAACAAGUUGUGGUUCAGGCCAGCGUCUUCAACUAUCUGCAGACUGAUCUCGAUGUGAUGGUGACAAUGAAGAAGUCCAAUGAAUACGACAACAUCCUGUAUGAUCCAUCAACUGCCAGUCUCAAGGCCUUCUCAGCAGACCAAGUUAAAACAGUUCGCGUCGCCUCUGGUGAUGCAAUGACCGUUGACUUUCCCAUUGUCCCGACCACCCUGGGUCAACUUGACAUCCAGGUGUCUGCACGCUCCACUGCAGCUGCUGAUGCAGUAAAGAGAAAGAUCACAGUUGAGCCAGAGGGUAUCAGAAAGGAGACUAACUUCCCUGUCACCAUCGAUCUUCUGUCUGGAAACACGUACAACAAUACUGUGUCCAUCCCACUUCCAAACUACAUCGUAAAAGACUCACAGAAAGCAAGAGUCAGGGCUUUUGGGGACGUGGUGAGCCCCAGUCUCGACGGCCUGGACAGUCUUCUGAAGAUGCCCACUGGCUGUGGAGAACAGAACAUGAUGGGCCUUGCCCCAGAUGUCUACAUCUCAAACUACCUUGCCAGUGCUAAGAAAUUUGACGGGAAAAUUGAACAGAAAGUCGUUCCAUUCAUGGAGGAAGGUUUCCAGCGUGAGUUAAGCUACCAACACAGUGAUGGUUCCUUCUCAAUCUGGGGGAACAGCGACUACUAUGGAAGCACCUGGCUGACAGCAUUUGUUGUGAAAACAUUUGUCCAGGCUCGUCAGUAUGUCUUCAUUGAUGACCGAAUCAUUGCCCGUGCUGCUAACUGGCUUAUGGGAAGGCAAAACACCAAUGGAGACUUCUAUGAGAACGGAUAUGUGCACAGCUCUAGCAUCCAGGGAGGAUCUGGACAUGGAUACGCCCUGACAGCUUUUGUUCUGGACGCUCUUCUUGAAGUCCGCGGAUUGGAAGGGGUGAACGCUUACAACCUGAACGACACUUUGCUCCGCGCCAGUGCCUUCCUUGAGUUCAACAUCAUUAGGUUUGAUGAUGCCUACACUGUUGCAAUCGCUACCCAUGCCCUAACCAAAGCAGGUAGCAUCUUUGCCGAAGAUGCCUUCAAGAAACUUGAACAUGUUUCUAAAACAAAAGAUGACAUGAUGUUCUGGGAGAGAUACAGCCACACUCGCUCCAGCUACUGGAGGCCAUAUCACCAAUAUGCUGACGCCAUCGACAUUGAGACUACAGGCUACGCACUGAAGACAUAUGCGCUCCGGAAGGACUUUGUCAAAGGCCUGUCUAUCAUGAAAUGGCUCAUUUCCACCAGGAAUCCCAAUGGUGGCUUCGUUUCCACUCAGGAUACUGUUGUUGCUCUCGACGCCCUUUCUGCAUUUGCUUCCGUCAUCAACUCAGAUUCCUUCAAAAUCAGCGCUGACAUCAGUUCUGGAAAAUUCAGCAAACAUUUUGACAUCAAUGCCAAGAACGCACUUGAUCUUCAAGCUACUGAUGCCAGUGAGUUCACAGGUACUUUCAACGUGAACGCCCAAGGUCAUGGAGUGGGCUACCUUGAGAUUGCAACGUUCUUCAACGUUGAGAAGCCAGUAGAAGAGCAGUACUUUGAUAUCAGUCAGGACAUCGAGAUCGAGACACUGAACAUGUACACACUCAGGACCUGUGUCAGUUACAGCAAAGCAAGAACUAACAACAUGGCCGUUGUCGAAAUUACAAUCCCAUCAGGCUUUGAACCGGACAUGGAGUCACUGAAUGAAAUCCGCAACCUACAGCGAUCUGAAUUGCUGGGCAAGAACUUUGUAUUCUACUUCAGCCAUCUUGACAGCAGUGAAACAUGCGUCAGAUUCACCGGCAGAAGGAACGGUCAGGUUGCUAAGCUGCAGGCGUCUCCCAUCCAUGUAUUUGACUACUAUGAGCCAACACACCAGGCAGUGGCGUUCUACCAACCGAAGACCCUGCAUGAUGCAACUGUUUGUGACAUUUGCGCCAACUGCUGUCAGAAGGUGGUACAGUCACACUAAGCAGCAUCACAUCAUCUUGACUGAGAAGCCAUGAAAGCCUUGAAAGACUACCCUGAUCUUUAAGCAAAACAUUGUGCAGUUGUUCACUAAAAACAAUCGAAUAAACUGUCAAACAAUUA